AUUAUUAUUAUUACGUUUAUAAAUCGCAGGGACAGUACCAUAGUUUUGUUAUAACUGUGUAAUACCUAACUUUCUCACGUGACUUAUUUUUCUUCAAUUAGUACACAUUUCGAUGUAGCUUAUGCAGGGUCUGGGUAUAUGCGUCUUCUGCCGCUAAUUAAUUAACUAUAGACGAAUAGGACACGUGACUUUUAAAUUUGCGCGCCAUUAUGUGAAUGAACGAAUUCGACAAAUAAGAGAACAGCUGAUUCCUUUACCUAUGUUUUGUUCGCAAGGCCGAAUUUUGAAUACGCCGGGCACCAUAACUCUAUGAAGGUGAGGCUAAUAAUAAAAAAAAAACUCGUUUAAAUAGGUUCUAUUGUGUCCGCAAAUAUUACCCACCAUGUGUACUAAGACAGCCUUUUAAGUCGGUCAAUAAUACGUAAAAUUCAAGUAAAGGUUCACAUAAUAAAAUGCUGAUUCUAAAGUUUUCUUAAAUCGGGCUAUGCCUGAAUAUUACCCAACGACAUGAAUGAACCACUUUAUUAAUGGGUAUAGUAUACUUGCCACCUAGUACGCUCGGCGGAAACCGUAAUUAGUUAGAUAAAAAGAUAAGUCCACAAUUUUCCCCGAAUCUAGGCCGUCCGAGGUUUGGCCGUACGCAAAUGUCAUUCCUAGUAGAAUGACACAUCAGGUGUGCUAUCGGCUCCUAUUAUUCAUCGUUAAUUAGUAUUUUUGUAUGUAAAGCAUGCAUGUAAGGUAGCAUCUCGAACACUAUCAUAGUGUAAAUCUGAAGGGGUGCCGAUCUAAAAGACGACAGGUGACAUCCAGCAAUUUUGUAGAUAUUUUUAAAAGGAUACCAAUAAUAAGAAAAAAAAAUCAAACUAAAGUAAUAUUUUAUAAUAUAAUCUUAUUUUGUAAUUACCUGAGUGUAAUUUAUUUUCGUUUGUUCAUGAAGCAUAGCUUCUCUAACAUUAGUGUUUUUAAUGUAUGUAAUAUUGACGUUCAGUUAGUCUUGUGCCAGUUUUUUUGGUGUCUAGUGUACGUGAUGUUUCGACAGAAUUAUCGUCUAUCAGUGAUUAUCCAAUCCGGCGUUCGCAUCGGCGGAAGACUCCAUUCAUCAGGACGUCGGACCGAUAAGUCACAUCAAAAUCUCCACCGUACCUUCAUAAGUAAUAGCUAUGGUAGCAUUGGUACCACGCGAAACGUACGAAAUACCCAUUCCGACGUGACAAUAAUUGGUGGAAACCUAAUUGGCUCGGCAGCCGCUGCAGCCAUAGCGUCUUCGAUAGCAUUCACUGAUCGAAAAGUGACUCUAAUUGAACGCAGAGAGAUCCGAUUCCCGGAAGACCUCGAUCGAUGGUCGAACCGCGUUUAUGCCAUCACACCCGGAACUAAAGACUUUCUGGUUCGUAUUGCGGUAUGGCAAAAACUCAAACCGAAGCAUAUACACGUCUGUCGGCGAAUGUUUAUCUGGGAAAACUUUAGUGAUGCAGCUCUACAUUUCACCGGCGAAGCCCGUGAUACUGAAAGCAACGCCGAAUCGGAUGUCGUCUGUUAUAAUAUUGAUCAGCACACCCUAUUGUAUGCCAUAUACGAGAGGCUAAAAGAGCUACCUAAUAUUGAAAUUCGAGACAAGACAAGAAUCACCAAGACCUAUCUACCUACAAAUGGUUUACCGAAGCUCGAUUCGUCGGUGCCCGAGGCGGGACAUAAACCGGUGUGUCUUGAGAUAUUAGGUGCCGACGAAGUGCACACAACGGAUAUGCUCGUAGCAGCCGACGGCUUUAACUCUCAAAUCCGCAAACUGAUGGGCGUCCAAAACGUGUCCUGGAGCUAUAAGCAAAAAUCGAUCAUUGCUGUUGUAGAUCUCGAUGGGCUUAGUGAUGUCGAUGGUACAGCCUUCCAACGUUUCAUACCUGACGGCGUCGUAGCUCUAUUGCCGCUGGGAAACAAGCAGGCAUGCCUUAUCUGGUCGCUGGUGGACCCUGCGGCGGAGUACAAGCUAAAAAUGGCGAAUGAAGAGUUUGUCGAUGCCCUUAAUGAGCAACUGCAUGGAACACUUGACUACAAUGAAGCUGUCAUGUCUGUUUUACAUGGCACUCAGAUAAUAAUGAAUUCAGUGGGCUUAUUGAAAUCUAAUGGCAAAACACGUGUAAACCCUCCACGUGUAGUAGGAGUACAACCCCACACGCGCGCCUCGUAUCCGUUGGGAAUGGGUCAUGCAGUUCAGUAUGUCGUUCCCAGGGCUGCGCUUGUUGGCGACAGUGCCCAUCGAGUGCAUCCGCUAGCCGGACAGGGUGCCAAUUUUGGCUUUGCUGACGUUGAAUGUUUAACCCGUCACCUCGAGGCCGCGGCUUUUCGAGGAGAACGACUCGGAAGUUUCAAUACCCUCCAGGCGUACGAACGUGAGCGACAGUGUGCACUGUUGCCCUUCCAGGUUGCUAUUGAGAGUUUAAUACACAUCUAUCAGAACAAUAAGCUUCCCGUUGUUUUGGCAAGGAGCCUCGGCGUUCAACUUCUUGAUGCUCUUCCAUAUUUGAAACAUAAGGUUGUUCAGUAUGCAUCGCGAUGAGAUGUGCAUGCAUCCAGUCGUACAUUUAGAAUUAAAAUAAUCAACUAAACUACAUCAUUUUAGAAUGCUCUGUGUAUAUGAAUAGUUAAUAAAGUUCAUCGCUAAGUUUAUAAUUGUGAAAGUGGCUCUUCAGUUUUGACCAAAAAAACAUGCUUAUACAAAGCUUGUCGUUAAAAAUAUAUAUGUUCUUGCAGCAAGGUAAAAAGCCCAUCUCAAGAGAGUCAUUUUUUAGUACAGAAUAUCAAUUUUUUAUAUUCUCAAUAGAACUAGGGUCAUGGUUAUACUGGAUCGUGUUUGAAGCAAAUGUUCCAGUCGGACUGAACGUGUUGCCCAGAUUUAACAAAAAAAAAACUGACUCUAAGCGAUUUCCCUUCUUAUUCUAAUAUCGAGACUCAUCAGUAGUGAUUGCAACUUUUACACGCAUAUACGUUCUUAACUAUGGUUUCGUCCCGUUUGAUCACUUUAGACCAAACAUAAAAUUCCUGGCCGUUUGAUCUAUGGUAAGCUGAGCUUAAAAAGGUUUUUUUUUGUAAUUAGGCGCUGUAUCGUAGAUAGUAAUACAUCACUUUUUCAAAACCACGCAAAAAAUGCAUGUUAUAACACAAUUUGUGCAUCAAUAAUAUUCCUUGCAGAGUUCACUGUUCUCAAAAAAUGUUUAUACAAGAUUCACUAACAUUUGUCAACCUACUGCUAAUCAACGGCCGAUUUUGGUGAUCGGUGUCUGCACUCUAGGAAUCACUCAUUUUACACAUUCU